AUGAGUAAAAAUAACGAUCGUCAAGGCAACAAUCAUCAUCAAAAUAACAAUAGUUCUAGAAAACAAAGGUCAAAUACAUUGACAAAACUAAAUAACAUCCUACCAGCACCAAUAGAAUUGAAUAAUGGAGAGUCACUCGAAAACCAUAAAGCAAAUCACAAAGCUCAUAUAACAGAUGUCAGAAUUGGAGAUUAUCAUCAAAUAAAAGGGGAUUAUGGUCUACUGUAUAUCGUAUGGCAAAUUAAAAUUACUAUAAAUGAUUUAGAUUUUUCAUCUAUUAUACUAUAUAAGAGGUACAAUGAUUUAUUAAAUUUUUAUAAUGAAUUGAAACAAAAAUAUAAUAAUCGACCUCAAAAUAAUAAUCGAAUAAUAAAUGAUUUAGAAAAUGAUAUUGAUGAUAUUAUAGAUAUAAAUAAUAAUAAUCUUAAUAUAAUAAUUCCCAAUUUACCACCAAAGGAUUCAUUAAGUUUUGAUAGAUUUAUAGUGAGUAAAAAUUGGUUAGAAGAAAGAAGAAAAGGUUUACAAUGGUUCUUAAGUAGUGUAUUAUUGGAUCCUAUAUUACAAAAUGAUCCAAUUGUGAAAAAAUUUGUACUAGAUAAAUAA